CAGCUUUGUACGUAAUGAUCUGGGACGUACCAUUUUCGUAGUUGGAGAGCCUCGCUCGCAAAACAUUUCUACACAUCUUCAUCGCUACACGUGUUCCCCUUGUUCUUCCAUUAUCGAGUAAAGAUUGAAUAAACAUGUCUGAGCGUAAGAUUCUCAUGAUUGUUGGUGACUUUGUCGAGGACUACGAAGUUAUGGUCCCCUACCAAGCCCUUGAAGCCUUUGGUUUCAAAGUUGAUACUGUCUGUCCAGACAAAAAACCCGGAGAAACGGUCAUUACAGCCGUGCACGAUUUCGAAGGCUUCCAAACCUAUACGGAGAAACCGGGACACAAAUUUCAAGUCAACGCGGAUUUGUACUCUGUUGUGCUGGAGCAUUAUGACGGACUCUUUGUGCCAGGCGGACGGGCGCCAGAGUACUUGCGACUGAAUCAGAAAGUCCUGGAGAUCGUCAAAGCGUUUUUUGCCGCGAAGAAACCUGUUGCGGCGAUUUGUCAUGGAUUGCAGAUCUUGGCUGCUGCAAAGGUAUUGCAGGGAACAGAGUGCACGGGGUACCCGGCUUGUGCUCCCGAAAUUGAACUGGCUGGUGGAAAGUAUAAGCAAGUGCCAGCAACUGAUGCGAUUGUGCAUGGUAACUUGGUGUCAUCGCCUGCUUGGCCGGGUCAUCAAUCCCUUUUGAAAGAGUUUGUAAAGUUGUUGGGGGUCGAGAUUGUUCAUAGGAAGAAAGGAGUAGCAUAGGAGUCUUAGAUGAGUAGACUGCAUCAUGUAUCAUUUUGUAUCUUGUAUAUGCAUAGCGCCUUUGACGGCAAUUCAUCACAUAUUGGGUGGAAAGCCUUUCUUUCGAUGUUUAAGCUGUUGAUACAGUACAUACCUAUGGAAUAUAACCACUCACGAAUUGUGUUAGCAACCGCGUUGCUACCUACCUCCAGUGGUCCAAAUCUGGGACACCCA